GCAAAAAUGUGGCGUGGAAAAUAUUCAGGAGGAUAUCAAAAUCGAUUUGUAAGCGCAAAGAGUUCGGGAACCUCCAGUUUGAGUGAUGGUAAAAGUAUGAAUAAUGUACCUCCUCCUGCAGCUUUAACAGUCGGAAAUGCGCCUGUUCCACCACCAAAUCGGAAUAUUCUCUUGUCAAAUCGAAAAGAGCAAGAAAUGAAGAAGGAACAAGAGUACGCAAAUCUUAUGGCUUAUGGCUCGACGUCUGAGAAACAAUCAAGAAGGAAACGGAUUUAUGAUGAUGAAUAUUUAGAAGGCGGCUCAGAUGAUGAAAAGCCCGCUUCUUCCUCCUCAAAACUUGCCGCCGAUGACGAUGAUGAAGAAGAUGAGCUCGACGCAUUUAUGGCCGGAAUCGAAAAGCAGGCUUCCAGUGAUAAAAAAGUUUCGGAGCAAAAAGAGAAAGAUCGGAAAGAGGGAAAAGAUACGGAGGAUCCGAGUAAAAAAGGGCUUGGAAGAGCAGAUAUUGAUGAGGAGGAUAUGCAGGAAUCUCUAUUCAAAUUCAUGGAAGAGUACAAAGAGAAACACGAAAAUGAUGAUGAGCAAUUGGAAUAUGAUGAAGAUGGAAAUAUUAUUUGGUCAUGGAAAAAGGUUAUCGAUCCAUUGCCAGAUAUCGAUCAUUCACAGAUUCAAUAUCAAAAGUUUAAUAAAAACUUUUAUGAGGAGCAUGAGGAUAUUAAACGCUUACACUAUAUGGAUGUAAUUCGCCUUCAAAAUACAAUGAAUCUUCGAGUUGGAGGCCUCAAGCCGCCACGUCCAGUUUGCUCGUUUGCUCAUUUUUCAUUUGAUAAGCUGUUAAUGGAAGCAAUUCGGAAGAGUGAAUAUGAGCAGCCGACUCCGAUUCAGGCCAUGGCGAUCCCCUCUGCAUUAUCUGGAAGAGAUGUUCUAGGAAUUGCCAAAACCGGAUCAGGAAAGACUGCGGCCUAUUUGUGGCCUGCAAUCGUUCAUAUUAUGGAUCAACCCGAUUUGAAGGCUGGAGAAGGCCCGGUUGCAGUUAUUGUGGUUCCGACGAGAGAAUUGGCAAUUCAGGUAUUCCAAGAGGCCAAAAAAUUCUGCAAAGUUUACAAUAUUAAUCCAAUUUGUGCAUAUGGUGGAGGUAGUAAAUGGGAACAAUCAAAUGAAUUACAGAAUGAAGGAGCUGAAAUGGUUGUUUGUACACCGGGUCGAAUCAUCGAUUUAGUGAAGAUGGGAGCCACCAAUUUCCUGCGGACAACUUUUUUAGUUUUUGAUGAAGCUGAUCGCAUGUUUGAUAUGGGAUUUGAGGCUCAAGUAAAAUCAAUAUCCGAUCACGUCCGCCCGGAUCGUCAAUGCUUAAUGUUCAGUGCGACUUUUAAACAAAAAGUGGAACGACUCGCCCGAGAUGCUCUCGUAGAUCCCGUACGAAUUGUACAAGGAGAAGUUGGAGAAGCGAAUGCUGAUAUUGAACAAAAAGUUUUUGUAAUGCAAAAUCAAGAUGUUAAAUUGCAUUGGCUUAUUCGAAAUUUAGUGGAAUUUGCUUCUCUCGGAAAAGUGCUAAUUUUUGUCACGAAAAAAUUGGAUUCGGAAGACGUCGCGAAAAAGUUGAAAAUGAAAGAUUUCGACAUUGUCCUUCUACAUGGAGAUAUGCUACAAGCAGAGAGAAAUGAAAAUUUAUUGAAAUUCCGGAAAAAAUCGCAAAUUCUCGUGGCAACUGAUGUGGCAGCACGCGGACUGGAUAUUUCUGAAAUUCGAACCGUAAUCAAUUUCGAUAUGGCUCGUGACAUCGAUACUCAUGUUCAUCGAAUUGGAAGAACUGGAAGAGCUGGUCACAAAGGAACAGCAUACACUCUUGUUACUGAAAAAGACAUUGAAAUGGUCGGACAUUUGGUCAAAAAUCUGGAAAGUGUAUCACAAGAAGUACCAAAACCUUUAAUGGAUCUUGCAAUGAAGAGUUCAUGGUUUAGAGGACAAAGAGCUGGGAAUGGAGGACCAAGUACUGGAACACAGACACGUGGAAGAAUGGGUCUUGGAUAUACACCAAAAGUUAGACAAGUUGGAGGAGGUGCCACUGGAGCACAAUUUGAUCCAUUAAAAGAGCAAAAAAGUUGUAGAGGUGGAGGGAAUCAGACAGUUGAUGGAAUGAUCAGAAAUGCACAAAGCUUUGCCACGUCAUCCUCUUCCUCCUCCUCUUCAAGCAGUGGCCCAGCUUCCGGAGCCAAUAGAGCCCAAAUGCUCAAAAGUGCAUUUCAGAAAUCAUUCCAAACAACAUUUCAACGACCUACAAAUGAAUCUUCAAAUCUUCCACAGCAAGUAGCAUCAGAUCCAAGACCAGAAUGGAAAAAGAAAGUGGAUGAAUUGAAUGCAAAGAUUGCACAGCAACAGGCUUCUUCAGCUUCUGGUGGCUCUUCGAGCAGCAGCUCUUCCUCAAAACGAAGCAGAUGGGAAUAAAUUAUUUAUUUUAUUUUUUUAUGUUUUGAUCCGAGAUUCUAUUUAACAUCUUUUUUCUCUUUUUUUCCAGAUUCCAGAUCUCAUAAAAAAAUUUGUAAAA